AUGUCAAUCGACGAUACCCCGGAACCCCUCCGCAUCGUCAUUAUCGGUGCUGGUAUCGCAGGACUCAGCGCAGCUAUUGCUCUAAGCAAACAGGGUCAUCAUGUUAUUGUCAUUGAAAAAUCCAAGUUCGCAAGAGAAACAGGCGCAGCUAUCCACAUCCCCCCGAAUUGCACGGCGCUGUUGCAAUGGAUGGAUGUUGAUCCGAAGGACUUUGGAGGGACUUUGAUUGAGCAGAUCCAUCGAUAUGAUUCCAACGGCGAACUGAAAUACAAGAAAGAGCUCUCCGGGAUCCGGGAACAGUGGCAGGCUGAAUGGUACCUCGUCCACCGCGUCGACCUCCACAACUACCUCAAGGAACGUCUCAACCGAACUGAAGCUACUCUCCACCUGGGGUGCAAAAUCACCAAUAUAAACAUCGAAAGCGAACAGCCCACCGUAACGCUAGACGAUGGCCGCGAAUUUACUUGCGACCUCUUACUCGGCGCAGAUGGCCUACAUUCCAUGCUCCGUACCCACAUCAUCCCCAACUUCCCCUCCCCCUACCCAGUAGGAAAGUCCACCUUCCGCUGGCUCCUCCAAACAGACGAACUGAAAACCCACGAAGCCACAAAAGACGUAGUUGGGGACCCAGGCGUGUUCGUCGAAUGGGCAGCUAACGACAGACGAGUCGUUGCGUACCCCUGUUCAAACAACAAGAUCUUCAAUCUGGUCGGGUUCAUGCCGACGGCUGAGUCGGGGAGCUACGACGAGGGCUGGCAAGCAGCCGGCGAUAAAUCAGCCCUGGCAAAGGGCUUCUCGGGCUUCGCUCCCUCAGUUCGAAAAAUGAUCGAUAUGGCUGGUGACGAUCUUAAGGUGUGGGCGUUGGCCGAUAUGGAGAGAAUGCCGACUUGGGUCAGAGGCAGGGCUGCCCUGGUGGGCGAUUCGGCGCAUCCGUUUCAGCCUUUCAUGGUGUUUGAUAUGGUUGAUUGCCUUGUUGAUAUGAAGCUAACCAAAGAAACAAAAGACAUGGGCCAAGGCGCCGCAAUGGCCAUCGAAGAUGCGCUAAGCAUAGCUACCCUCCUCCCACUGGGUACAAAAGCCGAGGGCAUUCCAUCCCGACUAGCGAUCUACGAGAAGGCGCGUCAACCGCGGGUUGAGAAUAUCUUGAAGUACACCCGGCUAAACGGGGCAGAUGAGAACGAUCCGUCUGUGCAGAGGAUGACUGCUGCGGAGAUGGUCAAGGCAAUGGGUAUUUGCUUUGUGCAUAAUGAGAUUGAGCAUUCGAGGCAGCUUUUAGAGGAGGAAAGGGGGGUUCGAUUGUAG